AGCCGCUGCUGCCGCCGCGCUCCCGCCUCCAACCCGCUCCCGGGCUCCCGCCGCGGCUGCGGUUCUGGCGGCCGAGCCCCCGCGGCGUUGCAGCGCAGAUCUGGCGCUCCGACCGACCCGCGCUCCUGCCUUGCAGCCUCCCAAUCCACGCGCCGCGCUGCGGCAGGUGCCCCAGGCAUCCUGAGGCGCAGUGGCCUGAGCCCGGCCGUCAUCGAUGAUCUCGGUCACGGACCCGCUCCAAGCUGACCACCUAGUGUCUUGUUUUAUCGUCUGUGUUUGGUAUUAAAUCAUGGGGAGGAAGCUGGACCUGUCUGGUCUGACCGAUGAUGAAACAGAGCAUGUUCUCCAGGUGGUUCAGCGAGACUUCAAUCUUCGAAAAAAAGAGGAAGAACGACUAAGCGAGAUGAAGCAGAAGCUGGAUGAGGAGGGCAGCAAGUGCAGCAUCCUCUCAAAGCACCAGAAGUUCGUGGAGCACUGCUGCAUGCGCUGCUGCUCGCCCUUCACCUUCCUCGUCAACACCAAGCGCCGGUGUGGGGACUGCAAGUUCAAUGUCUGCAAGAGCUGCUGCUCCUACCAGAAGCACGAGAAGGUGUGGAUCUGCUGCGUCUGCCAGCAAGCGAGGCUUCUGAGAACCCAGUCUCUGGAAUGGUUCUACAAUAAUGUGAAGAGCCGUUUCAAACGCUUUGGCAGUGCCAAGGUCCUGAAGAACCUGUACAGGAAACACCGGCUGGAGAGUGGAGCGUGCUUCGACACUCUAGGAGGAAGCUUUUUUGAGGUGAACCUGGAGAAUGAAGGAAGUAUUUCAGGCAGUGAUUCGACAUUUUAUAGACAGUCAGAAGGACAUAGCAUGAUGGACACAUUGGCUGUCGCCCUACGGGUGGCUGAAGAGGCCAUCGAGGAGGCAAUUUCCAAAGCAGAAGCCUAUGGGGACAGCCUGGACAAGCAGAAUGAGGCCAGUUACCUGCGGGACCACAAGGAAGAGCUGACUGAGGAACUGGCCUCAACUAUCCUGCAGAAGAUCAUAAGAAAACAGAAGAGCAAAAUCGAGCCACAAGUGGAAGAAGAGCCAGAGUGGUCACAGCCCCAGAGCUGCAGUGCCAAGGUGGCUGACGAGGGGACCACAGCCUCUGCAGGAGGUCACCGAGCUUCCGCCACCCUCUGGCGGUCCCAGUCUGCAUUCUCACUCACCAGAGAAGAUGCCCUGAAGACCUCUUCGCUGGAGGCUGCGUCGAGGCAGCCGAGGGACCAGAGCCAGCAGCCAAGGGAGGAGUGGGCUUUGCCCAGCUGGAAGAGCGUGGACAGGCUGGACGAGACAAACAUGGCCCCGGUUUUACAGAGCCCUGACGGGAACUGGGUGGCCCUGAAGGAUGAUGCUCUGCCCCCCACCCACCUGUUGACCAGACCUAAGAGUGGCACGUUUCAGGCCCUAGAGGCAGCCUCCAGCGUGGCGUCCGCCUAUGAUGAGAUGGGCUCCGACAGUGAGGAGGACUUUGACUGGAGUGAGGCCUUGAGCACGCUGUGCCCGCAGCCCCGGGGCCUGCCCAGGAACCCCCAGCCCCAGCCCACGCAGGCCCGAGGCUCAGACCAAGGCCCCUCAGCCACCUCCGCCUCCUCUGGGCUCUCCCCCAACCUUGAGGCCAUGUGCUCUGACUCAGAGACCUCCUCGGCAAGUUCUUCUCGGGAAGCUGGGCAGCGGGCCAGACUGUCCUGGUUGCAGAGGAAGACCCCCAGGAACCCCGCAGCCGAGAAGAUGUACCUACAGGGAGAGCUAGACGUGAACUUCAACCCCCAGGCAGCCAGCAGGGAGACCUCGGACAGCAGCGAGCCUGAGGAGGCCCCCCACACUGCAGACCGGCGGGCCAGGAGGUGGAGAAGGGCCCAGCUGGGCUCAGAGGAGCCAAGCAAGGAGUUAUCUUCCCCCAACGCCCAUCCCCCGGAGCUGGACACCCAUCAGGUGUCAGGCGAUUUAUCAGAGACUGACGUCAGCGGUGAGGCUCAGCACCCCCGGACCGGCGCAGACACCACGGAGGAGAAACUGAGAAACAGGUUGUACGAGUUAGCAGUGAAAAUGAGUGAGAAGGAGACUUCUUCAGGGGAGGAUCAGGAGUCCGAGCCCAAGACAGAGUCAGAGAACCAGAAGGAAAGUCUGUCUUCUGAAGACAACAGCCAGAGUGUGCAGGAAGAGCUGAAGAAGAAGUAUUCUGCUGUUUCUCUCUGCAACAUCUCCACAGAAGUCCUGAAAGUUAUCAACGCCACAGAGGAGUUGAUAGCAGAGUCUGCAGGGCCCUGGGAGUUCCCACCUGUCCCUCCUGACAGAGAGAAGGGGACAUUUCCUCUUGGGACAGACCAAGUGAGACUGGAUGAGCAGCUGACUUCCCUGGAAGAAAACGUGUACCUGGCGGCAGGCACCGUGUAUGGACUUGAAGGCCAACUGAAUGAGCUGGAGGAUGCCGCCCGCUGCAUCCACAGUGGCACUGAUGAGACCGAACUGGCAGAUCUGGAGGACCAGGUGGCCACAGCUGCAGCCCAGGUCCACCAUGCCGAGCUCCAGAUUUCUGAUAUCGAGAGCCGGAUUUCAGCCCUGACCAUUGCAGGAUUAAACAUUGCGCCGUGUGUGCGCCUCACAAGAAAACGAGAUCAGAAGCAAAGGAACCAGGUACAAACCAUAGACACAUCAAGGCAGCAGAGGAGGAAACUGCCUGCUCCACCACUGAAAGCUGAAAAAAUUGAGGCAUCUUCAGUGAACGCUGUUAAAACAUUUAACCGCAACUUCAUUCUCCAAGGCUCCUCAACAAACAGGACUAAAGAAAGGAAAAACACCACCAAGGAUUUGAUGGAGCCCACCCUGGAGUCUGCUGGGAUGUAUUAGCACCAUGGAACUCCACUGCCAGUGACCCACUGCCUCCGGCCGUACACGACAGUGCCUUGACCCAACAGCCAUCGAACACUGUAUGGAUUUCCACCUGAGGAGAGGGCCUGGGAGACCACAGUGCACCAUUGCACAGGGCUGUCCUGAUACCUCACCCAGAAAGCAGUCCCAGACUUCAGCAUUGUGGUCUUGUCCACCCUCUGCCUUAGGCUCCCGGGGAAUCCAAGACAGAAAACCAAGACGCUGGCUUCCAACAGCAGAGCUCCAUGUUCAAAAGAUGCAUCUUUUCCCUGUUCGCUUUGCUACUGUGUGUUGUCUUUAAGAUCUUUUUUUUUUAUCCCUUUGAUUCAAUCAGAAUUACAUGUCAAUUAUUUGUCCAAAGGAAAAUUGUGGGAAGAGGGGAUGGUGGAGGGAAGGGAGAUGGGUAUUAUCAUUCAAUUGAUCAUCAAUUCUUAUCAAUCUCCCACAAGCAUCUUUGUCUUACAAAUGCUAAGGAAAAAAGUGAAAAUUCCCCUGUAGUGAGCACUAGGGACUGUCAAAUAUGGGGAGUGCUCAUCCAUCAAGGAUGCAGGCCUCCCUUCAGCUGCCUUCUUCUUGCUAAGCUCCCAGUUCACUGCACUACUAGUCAUUCCCAUUGCUUUGCAAUCAAAAGCCAAGAAAGGAAAGCUUGGACUCACCCAUGCCACACCCAGGUCUGUCUGAAACAAUGUCUCACUAAGAACUUAGGGCUCUUCCUUGGACUUAUGAGAGCUCCCCCACUCCGAAGGGGAGAGGGGCUUGAGAAAGUCCACCAUCAGCUUAACUUUAGGGCACUGUCCACAAUCAACAUGACACGGUUUAGCAAUGAUUGCAUCCGAAUGUGGUUAGGUAACUGGAUUACUGUAGAAUACAGCCACAUGAGAAAAUAUUGUCCUCCAAAAUUGAUUUCCCAAUAAAUAUUCAGAAAAAGUAGUAAAAUGACCUUAAAGAUAAAAAUGGUUAAGGAAUAGCCUUAGAAAACUUAGAGGUAUGAAAAAAGCAAGGAUAAACUGUGAACUUAAUGGACACAAGAGUUGACACCAACUCUACAUUUGUCAAAAACAAGACUAUUUAGAGUGUGUUUAUAAAAGCAAGUGGAACUGGAAUUUCACUCAAUUAAUUGAACAUUAGCAACCUUUUUUUAAUUUGCUCCUGAUUAUUCUGAAUCUGAGGAGCAAGGCAAAGAUGGGAGGCAAGGGACUAGUGUGACUGAUGUUUAGUAAGUGACCGCUCUGAAGGAGGCAGUAUUCUCAUUUGAAUCCUUAUAGCAACCCUAUUCAGUAGGUAUCCCCAUUUUUCAGAUUUGGAAACUGAGGGCCAGAGAGAUUAAUUUGCCAAAGUCACAUCUGUAAGCUAAGUGUAACUGGAAUGCCUCACAAAAGCCUCACUCUGUUGUUUUCAGCUUCUACGUUCUUUUGCUGCUAUGCACAUUUUCAGACCUGAUUUGCUGCUGAAAUGUGUAUAAUGACCCAUUCCUGAUGGGGGUCUACCCACCUUCCAAUAAUACUCUUUGCUGAUGCUGUGUAUGUAUUAUCCAACAGAAAUGACUCCUUUGAAAUAAAGUAAAUCUUUGGCUUUUUGUUCUGUUGGUGUGAUUCAAAGCAAACAAAUACAAAUUUUAAAAACACAACAAAAAAAGGUUUGAGUUCCAAAUAGAACGUUUUUCUAAGAGGCAUGAAAAGCAACUAUUGUUGUGUUACAGUGUUAAAAUAUUCAGUUUUGUUUGACAAAAAUGUGUACUGUGUAAGCCUUGCAAAAAAACAAAAAAAGAAGAAGAAGCCUGCUCUAUGGCAUUUGAAUUUUUAUAAAGGUUUCCUUGUGCCAAAUAAGUGCAAAGAUUUAAUUUACUAUUAAAAAUCAUUAGCAUAUGUUAUAGUUCCAGAAGAAUUAUUUUGUCAUCAAGUGAUUUUGAUCUUCAGUGUCAAUAUUUAUAUUUAGAUUAAUUUUUAUAAAUGAAAAUAUUUUAAUGGUUUAAGAAAAUGAGGACAAUGAGACCAUAUCUUUGAUGACUUCUGAAAGUUAUGCUUGCCUUCAUGUUAUAUGCACAUUGCCAAGAAUCACUGUCAAGAGAAAUGAUGAAGAAGUAAAAGUCAUUUAUGAAAAUAA